AUGUUCAAGCUGUUCUGGUCCUCUUCCUUGCCCCCAGCAUCAACCUGCCUGGUGGGCACACUCACCCGCUGGGACCCAUCCACGCAUCAAACCAGCUCACCACGGGAGAUAUACAGCACGGAUGACAUCUACAUCGGACGAGACAAGCGAGCUUGCCAGUUCGUGAUCCCCAACCGCUUCGUUUCCAACAAGCAUCUCCGCAUCUACACCAUCCUCUACGACCGAGAAAUCCUACAUGAGAUCCCUCCUCUCGUGUACGCCCAGGAUCUCUCCCUGAACGGGACGCUGUGGAAUGAGUAUCCCAUGGGACGAGGGAAAGGCAGCUUUUUGCUCAGCGAUGGCGAUACGCUGCGAAUCACACAAGGCGAGUACCUGCGGUUCAAUUGUGCAAGAGACAAUAGACCCGAUCCGUUCAGCUGUCUGCAGCGGAUUGAAAUGAGGGAAUUCAAUGACCAUUAUGUUAUCACUCCGCGCAUUCUGGGCUCUGGUGCCUACGGACGAGUUCAUAUGGCGUUCAAAAAGAAAGAUGGCCAGCAACUCGCUUGCAAGAUUAUUGAGUUGCAGCUCGCCAAAGCAAAAGUCCCUGAGACCGCGAACGAAGGGCAGAUGUCGAAAUUCUUUACUGGUCGUCACGGCACAGCUUCCAAAGCAUUGGUCGCCGUGCGCAGAGAGAGCUCUCACCUGACAUCCAUUCGCGAAAGACUGGAGACAUACCAGCAGGAAGCCCUGAUUCUGCAUAAACUAUCUCAUCCCAACAUCAUCCGCGUCGAGAAGGUGAUCCGAUCUAGCAACACAAUCUACAUAUUCCAAGAGCUCGUCACAGCGGGCGAUCUUUUCUCCUUCCUCAACUACAAAGGCGGACGGCUUGAGGACAUACCAGCUGCAGUAAUCAUCAACCAGAUCCUGCUCGCACUAGACUAUCUCCAUGAUCAGAACAUCGUGCACCGCGAUCUAAAGCCUGACAAUACCCUGAUGACCUCACUGGACGAUGGAGCCAGAGUUGUUCUUACUGACUUCGGAUGCGCCAGAUACGUCAACCCUCCCAUGCAGCGCAUGUCCACCAUCGUCGGCACAGCCGAAUACUGCGCCCCGGAAGUGAAUACCCCCAACCGAAGAGGCUACACCAAAGCCGUAGACCUCUGGUCCCUGGGCUGCGUGACCGCCGUGGUGCUGACGGGGUACACGCCAUUCAACGAGCCCUUCAACUCAAUACCCAGCGAUCUCGAAGACCUGGAAGACGAGCUCGAUCGACUGAAUACCGGCCCGCUGGCGCGAAAUUUACUGCGCAAACUCCUGAUCACCGAUGAGGAGAGGCGCUUGGAUGUGAAGCAGGCGCUGCGCCAUAGCUGGUUCACGAAUAUUGAACACGCGCGCCGGUUCGAGGAACUGUAUCGCACUAUUGUGAGGGAGUGGAGGAGGCCUGUACAUCCGGAUGGGACUGGGGGUGGGAUUGUUGAUCUUGCGAGUUAUGCGAAGAGUGCGAGUGCGAGGACCGCGCAGGCUGGUGGGCAGCUGGAAGUGCGUGUGCGUGCUCGUGGUCUGGAGGAUCAUUCUCGGAAGGUAUCGAUUGAUCACGUCUCAGAGUCGGAGUAUGAGGAUGCCCCGGAAUAUAAGCCGGGGUCUUCUUUGCUGUCGACGUCCACGCUUGCAGAGCCGCUGCUUCCAGCGCAUACGCGAACAGGAGCAGGUGUUGAAGCGAUGGCGUUGGCUGCUUUUGGACCACGAACUCAUCAACGCGAAGGGGUCCGAGAUCACCCAGCGCAGCCCUUGAGUAAUCUGCGUCCAGUGCAUGUGAACACCAGAAUCACAAAUCAUAUUCAGCCGAAACCCCUUCGUCCUGGUGAGAAAGUGAUUGUGCAGAACCACCCGUCGACCCGAUUGCCUGGUACCCAUUUCCACACUCGAAUCCAACACCAUCAGCACGUGGAUCCAAGCCCACGCCAUCGGUUGUCUUUGUCCUCACACGAAGUAUCUCGGGACACGAAGAAGAGGCCCCUUCUUCAUGAAAGUUCUUCACCACCACAAACUCACGGUACUAAACCUACUACAUGGACAAGCAGCAAGGAAAACCCCAUGGACGAAGACGACCAGGUAUACGAAGAAGUGCGAAAUCCCGUGACAGGGAAGCGACAGCGACGCGUUUACGGACGCGGAAUGGACAUAGCAGCUGCUUUCGUGUGA